AAGGACCUCGAGGUGGCCGAGCUGGGGGACUCCGAUGUCCACGUCAAGAUGUUGGCAGCCCCCAUCAACCCCGCCGACAUCAAUAUGAUCCAAGGGACCUACGCCAUCCUCUCCCCGCUGCCGGCCGUGGGAGGGAACGAAGGUGUUGGGGAAGUGCUGGAGGUCGGGCGUCGUGUGGCGGCUCUGAAACCCGGGGACCGGGUCAUCCCGGCGGGCGCCGGCCUCGGGACGUGGCGGACACAGGGGGUGUUUCCCGAGGAGGUGCUGCUGAAGGUGCCCAGCGACAUCCCGGUGCUGUGCGCCGCCACCCUGAGCGUCAACCCCUGCACGGCAUACCGCAUGCUGGCCGACUUCGAGACCCUGGUGCCGGGUGACUCCGUCAUCCAGAACGCCGCCAACAGCGGCGUGGGCCAGGCUGUUAUCCAGAUUGCCAAAGCCUCUGGCAUCAAGACCAUCAACGUGGUGAGGGACAGACCUGAUCUCCCAAAGCUGGUGGAGAGGUUGAUGGCCCUGGGCGCAGACCACGUCGUCACGGAGGAGAUGCUGAGAAAGCCAGAGAUGAAAGAUAUAUUUAAGAGCAUCCCGAAGCCCCGGCUCGCCCUGAACUGCGUCGGAGGCAAAAGCACUACGGACAUGCUGCGGCAUCUGCAGCCCAAAGGGACCGUGGUCACCUACGGGGGGAUGGCAAAGCAGCCCGUGACGGUGCCUGUGAGCGCGUUCAUCUUCCGGGACUUGCGGCUCCGCGGCUUCUGGAUGACCCAGUGGAGGAAGGACCACGCGCAGGACCAGGAGGGCCUGGCCAGCAUGAUGGACGCCGUGUGCCAGCUCAUCCGGAGGGGGCAGCUCACCGCGCCGGCCUGCACCGAGGUCCCGCUCCAGGACUACAAGGCAGCACUGGAGGCAUCCAUGAAGCCCUUCACGUCCUCGAAGCAGAUCCUUCUCCUCUGACCCCCCGAGGCCUCGGCUCGUGGGCAGCGGCGGGCUGAGCCCAGUGCUGCUGCUCUCCACCACAGCCAAGCUUUCCCUUGCUGCCUUGUCCGCAGACAAGAGAUGCUUAGGGGAAAAACCUCCAGAUCCAUUGAUUUUUCUUUUCUUCCUUUUUUUUCUUUUUUUUUUUUUUUUUUGAGUGCCCACUUGAAGUUUUAAAAGCCUCUGCAGCUUUGCAUAGACAGCAGCGUGCGUAAUUGCUUCUGAAGGGAGGCUGCAAUCUUGCUUUAGCUGGCGUGAGUUCGGGUGCAAGAGAAAGCUCAGGGAGCCCGGGGACGGCGGCUCGCUCGGCUCAGGGUGUCAAAAGAGCAGCAGUUCCCCCUCACCUGUGUUUUUGGGGCUGGGGGGGGCUGAGCCGUCGCCUCCUGCCUGGCUUAGCAGCUGGGCAGUGUUCUGCUGUUUGCACUGUCCCUCCGGGUGAUUUUUGGCUGCUUUUGGGUGACUGCAGGGCAGCACGGGGCUGGUCGCUGCCCGUCUCCCAGCCGGCACGGCCCCCCCUGCGCCGCUGCAGCCUCUGAGCCACUUCCACGUGUGUCCCCCCCCCUCCAAGUUCAGCAGCCAAGUGCCCCUGGGCUGGGGGCACUCCCCACAUUGAAUUGCAGAGAAAAACCAAAUUUUUAAAUUUAUUUUUCACUAUUUAAUUUUUUUUUUUUUAAUUUUUCCCUGCCCAGCCCAUGCGAUGCUGGCAAGGCAGGGGCAGGAGACUCCCGUGCAGGCUGGAGGACGGGGGCACAAAGGACUUUUCCAGCCCCUGGCAUCACUUCAUCUCAAAAAUGAACUCAAACAGGAGGGGAAAAAAAAAAAGAGAAAUAUGAAGUUACCAAGUACCAGCCAGCGCUGCCGCACCAGCGGGAGCUGUAAGACGCUGUCGUCCCUUCGGGGACAGCCCUGGGGUGGUGGCGUUCAAGGUGGGGUCAGGACUCACCCAGCAGGUCACAGCUGGACACUUGCAGGGCAAGGGGGACUUUUUGCAAUACCUGGACUUGAAUUCAGUUUUGCUGCUGUUCCCGCUGCUACUACUGAUCGUGACAAGAACCUCUUGGAAAUCAACUUCUAAUAUACAUAUAUUUUUUUUUAAGAUGCUGCUAAUAAAUGUUUCUGUGCUC